CGCAUCGCAGCCUGCAACUUGCAUCCGUCGUCUGCUGCCUGACCAUUGGCAACCGGCUUCCCCCUUUUACAGGCUCACGAGGUGCCUUAUUGCAACCAUGAAUGAUACGGCCCUGGUCUCGACUGCUUUUGUUCAUCUCGUCGCCUAUUCUGACAGAGACAAAAGUAUGUUUCCCCAGUCCUGCUUCAUUCGAUGUUUCUUGUUAGCGCCGUGAGUUGAGACAUUGUUCUUCGGGGUCAGACUCUUGCCCUUGGCUUAAAACGCAGACAAACUUUCUUCUGCCCGGCCACCCAAUCACACUCUAUCUUGUCCCUAAUUCCCAGUAUCCGUACGGAUACAAUACACACCCACACACUCUCUCUGGCUCCGGGACGAUUAGCUUUAGGGCUCCCUUUCCUUAGACGAUGUUGGCUGCAACCGGAUCCGGGAUCGGUUUGACAAACAGGACGUGACACGGUGACAGAUGCGAACCAUCACCUUGUUUAACAUUACAAUCGUUCCAUCCAUUCCGCCCCCAACUUUGCUUUCCCCAGCAUCCGACCAAUUCGCUCUUGCGUCUUUGCAAACUCUCCAACUCUGUAUUCAAACAGCUAUUCUUAACACGCUACUGCGUACUGUGAGGUCAGAGGAAGGAAUUACUAACAAUAUACAUGGACAUUCUUUACGUCCAUGCCCAUCCCUUCCACUCAUCCAAUCGGCCACGUCGCGGGCCCUCCCCCCUUUUGACUAGCAUCCCCCUGCCAUUUGUAUGCCCUGCCAAGCCCCUGUCACCCAACUCCAGCCCCUCGCCCAAUUGCAGAGGUCUUGUAAGAACGGAUCAGGCGGACUAUAUGUGUGGUAUGCAUGUCUGUGGCCCUCGGGCGUUUCCCUUUAAACUCUCCUACACCCUUCACGCCCCGCGCAUUUGAGAUCGAGUUACCCAACCCUUAGCCGAGCCUGUGGUUAUCCAACAAAUGUCAGCCACGAUCGCGUUGACUCUCGAUACUCGAACAUCAGAGAUUCCCGGCUCAGAGACACGCCAGCUACGCACCUAAGCGACGACAUACGCCUCGACGACGGAGGACCCGAAGUUGUGGAUUGGAGAAAGGAAUUGGGGGUUAUCGAGAGCUGCCCAGCACACGGACUAAGGCUCUCCACAAUGGCAUCUGGGCGGACGACGGCGACAUAGACCGGGCAACAUUGCCAUUGCGACGACUUUUCCAUCAAACUCUUGCUUUCAACAACGCUACUUUCUCAAGAUGGACGAAAUGUUACCGCCGCCGAUGACCCCGUCCACGGAACGGAUUCAUCGGCGGACGAAUGGAGGCAACAAGGCCUUUCACAACUUUGCAAACGACUACUCUCAUAUUACAGACCCCUCAUUAAGGAGACGAUUGGCACUGAGCGAAAUUGACAAGGUUCCUUUUGGCUUGUACCAUGUAAGGGCUAUUCUGGUUGCGGGCGUUGGUUUCUUCCUCGACUCAUACGACAUCUUUGCCAUCAACCUCAUCACUACUCUCCUCGGCGUAGUGUUUUGGCAAGGGCCUCCUGAAUCGAGUGCGCAUGGCUAUGGCGGCAACAACGGCGAACUGCCGGGUCCGGUGAACUCGGCUCUCAAGGCUUCAACCAGUGCUGGAAUCAUUGUUGGCCAAAUUGUGUUUGGCUGGUUGGCCGACGUUUUUGGCAGAAGAAGGAUGUAUGGUGUGGAACUUGGAAUCAUCAUCUUGGCGACGUUAAGCGCCGCCCUGGUCUCUCCGAGUCAAUCGGUUAGCUUCACUGGGCUGAUGAUUUUCUGGAGGGUUAUCAUGGGCGUCGGCAUUGGAGGUGAUUAUCCGCUCAGUUCAGUCAUUACAUCAGAGUUUGCGCCAACCCGAUGGCGAGGAGCCAUGAUUGCGGCUGUAUUCUCGAUGCAAGGCAUGGGUCAGCUCGGUGCGGCCGUCGUGGCUUUAGUCACUGCCGAAGCCUUCAAGGACUCCUACCUCGACGUUCACACUCUCGGCGACUGCCAUGCACGAUGCCAGCUUGCUGCCGACCGCUCAUGGCGCAUCAUCGUCGGCAUGGGUGCGGUGCCCGCCUGCAUAGCAUUGUACUACCGAAUCACGAUUCCAGAGACGCCGCGGUACACCUUUGACGUGGAGCAAGACGUCGAGAAGGCCGAUGCGGAUAUUCGAGCGUACAUGGCGAGCAAGUCAAAGGGUGACUACGAUACGGAUUUACAAUUCAAGAUGAAGAAGGAGACCGGUCCCGGCUACAACACUCCGGCAGCAUCCUGGCCUGAUGCCUGGGCAUACUUCACGCAAUGGAAGCAUUUUAAAAUGCUUUUGGGCACUGCCUUUUCCUGGUUCUUCCUGGACCUGGCAUUUUAUGGUCUCGGGCUGAAUAGCACCGUAGUGCUGCAAACCAUUGGUUAUGCUGACGGAGCCAAUUUUUACAAGAGACUACACAACCAAGCCGUAGGACUGAUCAUACUGGCGUGCGCUGGUGCGAUCCCAGGCUAUUGGGUUUCCGUCUUCACCAUCGACACCCUUGGCCGUAAACCCAUCCAGAUCAUGGGCUUCUUCAUGCUCACCGUUAUUUUCUGCGUGCUCGGCUUCCUGCUCCACCAGUUGACCGAUGCCGUCUUUCUGACUUUGUACAUCACUGGCCAAUUCUUCUUCAACUUUGGCCCCAACACUACCACAUUUAUCGUUCCUGGCGAAUGUUUCCCGACCCGCUACCGUUCCACUGGACAUGGAAUAUCUGCAGCGAUGGGCAAAGUCGGUGCUAUCCUAGCACAGGUUAUCAGCAUCCCUCUGCUCGCCAAAGACGUCCCUGGCGACUGCCACGGCGAUCACUGUGCGCCCUGGCUCGACCGUCUCCUGGAGCUGUUUGCACUAUUCAUGUUUCUCGGUAUGCUGUCGUCAUUACUCAUUCCGGAGACUAAGGGUAUGACUCUCGAAGAACUUGCCGGCGAGACACCAACAUCCUACAACCGCGGCCGCAAUGGCAGCAUAUCGCAUUACCCACGCCCGCAAUCGAAGUGGAAUCCCUUCGGCGGUGGACACCCCGCAGGGUUCCACUACCCACGUACAAGCACCGUCAAAGCAGCACGUGUCGGUAUCAUGACGUCGCCCGACCUCCUCGCAGAGGAAGAGCGCAGGAGAAGGAGUCAGACCCGGUUCUGGCGCAAAAGGCGGAGAGAAAGGGGCGGCGGCGGCAGCGGCAGCAGCAUUGGUGGAAGUACGGACGAGUACGCGAUGAGCAUACGAAACAGCGGUGUAUCUUCCGCAUACACUGGGAGGAAUAUGGGCGCCGCUGACGAGCAGAUGCCUGCCGAUCCCGCGGCUCCCGGCGUUUUCCCGACAUGGGGCGCCGGGUGGGGCCGGGUGGAUCGCGGGGCGCAGCCGAUGGAGAACGUCAAGUUACACGACGUGGGUAGCCUCCUGAGGCGGGAUUCCCGCGCGUGAUGAGAAUUUAAAAGGCAAUUAGCGGGCGUACGGUUUUUUGGGUUGACCCUCCCGGAUGGGGAAUGAGGGGAUUUUCAUGAUGACGACCUUUCGCUGGAUAUGGAUCUGUCUGGCUACCGUAGAUAGUGUAUGAUUAUAGCAUCAAGACCGCCCACGCGGUGAUUCAAGUUUC